AUGAAGCGGGUCUGGUCCGACGACUACAAGUAUGAAAAAUGGCUGGCCGUCGAGUUGGCCGUUUGUGAGGCAUGGUGCGAGGAGGGCGUGAUCCCCGCUGAGGACAUGGCCCGCCUUCGCGCCGCAGAGUACGACCCUCAGCGGAUGGACGAGAUCUUCCAGACCACUCGUCACGAUGUGACCGCCUUCAUCUCCUCCAUCACCGGCACUCUCGGGCCCGAGGGACGCUGGCUGCACUUGGGCCUCACUUCCAGCGAUAUGCUGGACACCGGUCUUGACCUGCAAUUGGUGGAGGCUGGCGGCCUGCUGAUGGAGGAAGUGGACAAGGCCAUCGCCGCGCUGGCUGAGCAGGCACUGCUCCACAAGGACACGCUGAUGAUGGGCCGCACCCACGGGGUGCACGCCGAGCCCAUGACCAUGGGUCUCAAGCUGGCCUUGUGGUGGGACGAGAUGAACCGCCAGCGGGAACGACUUGAGGCCGCGGUGGAGACGGUCCGGGUCGGCAAGAUCUCGGGCGCCGUCGGCACCCACGCCACCGUGCCUCCUGCAGUCGAAGAGCGCGUCUGCCAGCGCCUGGGCCUCAAGGUAGCGGGUAUCUCCAAUCAGGUCAUCCAGCGCGACCGCUACGCCCACUUCGUCACCACGUUGGCCCUCGUUGCUGCCUCGCUGGAGAAGUUCGCCACGGAGAUUCGGGGUCUGCAGCGCACCGAGAUUCAUGAGGUUGAAGAGCCCUUCGGACACGGCCAGACUGGUUCUUCCUCCAUGCCGCACAAGCGCAAUCCGGAGCUUGCCGAGCGCAUCUGCGGGCUGGCCCGGCUCAUCCGCGGCAACUCCGUUACUGCCCUCGAAAACGUUGCCCUGUGGGGAGAGCGCGACAUCAGCCAUUCGUCUGCGGAGCGCAUCAUCCUGCCCGACUCCUGCCUCGCCCUCGACUACAUCCUAAGCAUAUUCACCCGCAUCGUUGAGGGCCUUCGGGUGUUCCCCGACCGGAUGUACGCCAACAUCGAAAGCAGCAUGGGACUGAUUUUCAGCCAGCGAACGCUGCUGGAGUUGGUGGACAAGGGCCUGUCUCGUGAGGAUGCCUACAAGAUUGUGCAGGGCAAUGCCUCCCGUUGCUGGGAGGAAGGCCGCGAUUUUCGGGACCUCCUGAAAUCCGACAGCACGGUCGCAGCGUAUUUGUCGCGGGAAGAGUUGGAAGAGCUAUUCGACUAUGGGUACUACACCCGAUACGUAGACGAUACCUUCCGCCGGCUUGGGCUGCUGCCCCCUGUUCCUGCCGGUAAUCUGGUUCCGGAGCCAGCGACGGCCGACUGA